CUCUUUACAAAAUGGCGACGUUCAGCAGUGUCACACUUUUGGUUGGAUUUCUGGGGCUUGCCCAUGCCGGUUAUUCAGCUGCACAACACAGGACAUAUUUGCGAUUAACCGAGCAAGAGUUUACAAGAUUACCCAUUGAUAUCAUUUGCCAGUGCUUGAUCAGUCUCCUGUUUACAAUCUAUGGUGUUCUCAACAUAGCUGGGCAGUUCAGGGGAAUCAAAGCUAUGGCAGACAUGGAGAAGAAAUCUUUUGACACAGUUGGUAACAGGCCGUCCUUCUUUAUGUUCCGGCACCGAGGCCAGGCCAUGUUUGGGUUGAACCCUUCGUGCGGGAGCGCAAGAAACGUGGAGAAUAUAGAGCCAGCUACGUGACGUACAAAGACCGGUCUGCAUCCUCAAUUGAUUUUUUUUUUUUUUUUUUUUUUCAGUGAUGUUUGUCACAGAAUGUGUUGUGAAGACAAGUGGAUAUUUUGUUUCCUAAAAGUGCCCUGAAAUACAUCAACAGAUUAUAAGAGACUUUGGGGGAAAAAUUUAACAAGAAAGUAAAUUUAUUUCAUCAGCAAAACAAGUGAUUGAAUCUUAGUUUUACAAUGUAGUUAAAUAAUAAGGGAAUCAAUGUGUGGUGAAGAGGUUUUCAACUAGUUGUUUAAUCCCAACGAGGCCUACUAGUUG